AUGCAGGCUGAUGGUCCGCUCUAUCGAAGGUGGUGGAAGGUGUGUCUGUUCCCGAGGUGCUGCUUGCCUUGCAACGCUGUCUUGCACCCGUGCCGUGCGAGUGUGUCCCAGAAUAAGACAAGAUAUCGACAGGAUGGCUUCGAUUUGGACUUGACGUACGUGACGAGCCGAAUUAUCGUCCACGGCUUUCCCUCUACCGGCGUAGAACACAUCUACCGGAAUCCUCGAACCGAGGUGCAGCGACUGCUCGAAAAGUAUCACAGGGGUCACUACAAGGUGUACAACUUCGCGAAUGAGCCAGGCCGGACGUACCCGGACCAACUCUUUCAGGGCCGCGUGGAGAGGUACCCCUUCUCGGAUCAUACGUGCCCCCCCCUGGAGUCCGUGGUGAAUUUUUGCGAGAACGCUAAGGCUUGGCUGGACAUGGAUGAGAACAACGUGGUGUCUCUUCACUGCAAGGCGGGCAAGGGUAGGGCGGGCAUCAUGGCGGCAUGCCUGUUGGUUCGAUUGGGAGAGACAGCGGCCGAUGCAGUGUCGAAGUUUGAUGCGACGAGGGUUUCCGAUCUGAAAGGGCUCACCGUGGUCAAUCAGCGCAAGUGGCCGUUCAUGUACGAGAGGCUCGUCAAGGAGGUGUGGGGCGUGCGGGAUAGCAUCGGGAUGGUGCCCGGGCAGGACCCUGAUCUGAGGGCACCAGCUCUCCGAGCGGCGUGCCUCCGAGAGGUCUCGCUUCAGUUUCAGCCACCGGCGCCGGGGAGCAGGAAGAGCGGCGUCUUCCUGCCGAACCUGUCGUGUGCCAUCUAUCAGCAGCAGCCGAUGGGCAAGACGCUCGUCCAUCGGACCAAGAUGGUGCAGGUGGCACCGCAGGAGGGGGAGCUGGGGACGGUCUACGCGGCAGCUCUGCCUCGUAGCGCGGUGGUGCAGGGCACGUUCCAGGUUCUGAUAAGCGGGACUGUCGGUGUUUCCCGCACCCAUAAGAACGUGAUCGAUUUCUGGUCGAACACCACCUUCCUCACACCGGAAGGUGGCGGCCACACGUUCGGUCUGUCAGAAAUGGACGUUUCUCCUCCUAAGCUGGCGGAGCGGCUCCACCAAGCCGCAGCAAAACUCGUGGUUCUCCACGUUCAUCCCCACGCUGAAAGCCCCCGCCGACGGAUGCCUGUGAAGUCCCGAGCACCCCCGCCGAGUGUACCAGCCGUACAGCAGCGGGUGCCUGUGACAGCUGCCGCUGAGGCAGCUGCGCCUGCUACGGCGGUCAACGGCGAGGGAGCGCGAGAGGAAGCGACUGGAACGCAGCAGCAACCACGUCGUGGCGAGGACGGCGAGGAGUUGGGUUCGAGCGUGUCGGGACGAUCACUACCCCAGGCGCCCGCCCCCAAAGAGGACGGGGGCGCGGGUAUCGCGAACAGCGUUGGCGGCGAAGGAGGUGGCAGCGGGAGCGGGAACGAGGCGGUUUUGUCGUCUACCGGGGGAGGCGAUUCUGCAGGAGGCGUUCCAAGUGCCAACCCGGAAGAAGCGGCGGCAGGAGAAGCGGCCGACGGCGGGGGCACCGCCGUUGCUGUCGAGAGGCACGAUGACGGUGGCUCCUCGAGCAACGCGCCGGAGGUGUCUGCCUCCGAGCCGAACAACCAGGACAGCCUCGCUGAACCGUCUCCCGACCUCCCGGGUCCCUCGCCCGCGGGCAUGGUCUCGCCGGUCUGGACUUUCGAAGGCCGCACCCCUUCCAACAAGGUGGAAGCCUCCGGCAGGGCGAUCGGGGACUCGAGGUGGACGCAGCGCAAGAUGUGGAUGAGUAACCAGGGGACGUCCUCGGGCGGGACUUCCACUCCGACGCGCAACGCGUCCCUCAACGCGGUCGCGCCGGAGGCGAAGCCGAGGGAAGAGAGGCGGGCCUUGCAACGGAGGCACUCGGGUUCGCGAUCGAUGGACUCGCUCGGAAACUCUGUCGGUUCAACCGUCGCACCAACCGGCACAUCAAGCUCGAUGCGCGGCGGGGACAGGGCUGCCCCGGCGCCGAAAGGCUUCCCGGUGCACCGUGGGGAGACGGACUCAGAGUCGGACGAUCAGCUGGCGGUUCGAGCGUCGGCGUUCGGGCCGGCCGGGUCGGGGAUGGGACCGGUGUCCGUUCAGGGCGAGCAGUGGGCGAUGGAGAUGGAAAUGGUGUUUGCGCAGGAGCGGAGGAGAUGGGAAGAGCAUCAGCGCUGCUUGGAGACGGAGCUGGAUUGGGCCUUGGCUGCUCGCGCUCGGGCAGAGGCAAGGAGCGAAGAGGACAGUGCGAGGGUAGAGGUGCUCGAGGGCAGGGUGUCUGCGUGGCGCGACGAGUACUCGGUGAUCGGGCGUGACGUGAAGCAGGCGGUGAGGCUGCUAGAGAUGAGCUUGUCGGGCUUGAUGUCGGCGGAGACCGCGCUCAACAUCUGGAGGGAUGAGAUCCCGUCCAAGGCGUACGACGAGAUUAUGGGCUGCCUGACCAAGGGCGAUAUGGCGCUGUCAAGCACAGCUUCAUCUUCGGAGAAGGAGUGAGACAGGGCGGGAGGUAGAGAGAAGAGAGAGAGAUGCGCUGCUAGAAGCAACACAGCAAGAACGCGGCAGCUCUCGGCGUGACCUACGAUAGCUCCUUGGCCCCCCGGCAUAUCGUUCCUUUGCUCUCUCGCUGUGCGCGUCUCUGUAGGAUUAAUUUGGUGUUUGAUCGCCUCGGGUCCUUGAGGUGAACGAACGAAAAGGUGCGCGGGCGGGCCCCCUUUUACCCGUCCUAUCUCCGUAGAAGCUUGUACCAUGUAUGUAUGUAUGGCGGUUUGGCGCACCCUCAAAUGUGAGUUUAGCGGCCAUGCCCACUCGAAUCGAGUGUCUCGGCUUGCCUGGGCAGCCAGCUACCUUGUUGUUGGACUCGGCGAGUCGGCCGGUCCGUUGUGCUUGGGAUACAUCGCGGGCAUGAUGAACGGCCGUGCAACCUACGGCGGUUUUGGCGCGGCGCGUUUGCUUGUUUUUAUUUUCCCUCUUGCGCAUGCCAGGCGACCUUCAGCACUGGAAUAAUAAUAUAAUUCCCCGUUGCAAGAAGUAAUGAGUCUCUUUCGUCCCUUUUGUGUGUUGAACAUGGAGGUUUCCCCCUGUUUUUUCGAUUUGCGGUGUACUCUUGGUUUUUUUAUUUGCGUGCCCUCUUUGCUAUCCUCCCCCCCCCCCCCCCCCCCCCUGCCCCCCCGCCCCCCCCGGACCAGUCACCACACAUUUUCUUUAAUUUCUACCGAUUGUUAACAUUACGUUUCCCGUGAAACAGCCUUGGAGGAGGUCGUGUUGGUAUCAUAGGCCAGCCGGCGCCUCGUAGGCUGGACGGCUUGUCAUCUUACUUUGUUCACGGUCAAUGGUCUAGCCAACAGGGGGGGGGCACUGCUUUCUGCCCUUUCCGCGUUCUUGGGCUGCCACGACCCCAAUGCGUGAUAUGUACCUCGAUCUGGUGUAGACUCUGCGAGCCAUGUGUGUGUGCAUAGCAUAUAGGUUGUGUGCAAGGUGUGUGCAUGCUGUAUGUCCGUUACACGCAUGCGUGAUGUAACGCGUGUGGACAUUCGUAGAUACGAGAGCGUGGCGUGCCACCGGACACGAGGGUGUAUGCUUAGAUCGUCGACCGCUGCGGUGUGGCGGGGACUUUGGUGUUUUGUGUAGCGGAAUGUCAUCUCGGGGCGUGUGAAGCAGUUAAUCUACCUGUUUGUGCGAAUGUGUUGAUGUGAAGCAGAGGGUCAUCAACGGCGAUGCGACUCGCUUGUUUUUAUCGUCCUCUAUAUCUACCGUAGGUUGGUGUCAGAUGAAUGAGUGAUGGGUGAGGGUUUUAGGGUGGACGGACAACCGCAUAUCCUCCGUUUAAGUAGUUUCUUGGAAAUAUCGUGGACGAUGCUAGCUAGUGUUUUUCAGCGUACCUGGUGUGUGUUCCGUCGUGCAUGCGGUACGCCAGGGUAUAUUAAUGGCCUUUUUUUUUGUCAGCGAAGCCCGCUGUAGCGAGGAGAGGCAGCACCCACCUUCCUGAGUAGAUCCUGAGUAUAUUUCAUGUCCCUGUUGUGCUUGCUUGCCGGUAGCGGAUUAUCGUCGGAGGUAGGGUAGCAUGUUUCUAGCACGAUCGAUUCAGCAGUAUAUGUCGAGGGUAGGCCUUAGGUUGUUUUUUGGUCCCAGGUGUGGUAGGUGCUUAUUUUGUUUAUUCGACGUGCGUGUGAUGAUGUGGUUUGCAUCGAGCGGCGGUCCGAUCCUUUGCCACACGGCAAAAGCUCGGCAGAGCCGGCGGUGCAAAACCGGCAAGAUGGGCCAGAGAGAAGAUGUAAGGCUCAGCGAGGUGUGAAAUCCACUGCCCGCGAAAGAAAGGUGGAAGGCGCCACCACGCCGGCGUGUAGUUUGUUGUGACCCCCUUGUGUGUUUGGCGCAAAGACGCAAAGUGGGCCACGCGCGCACGUGGCCAUUGCAGGUGAAGCAUGAUGAAGUGUAUCCCUCGAGAAAGGAAAUGCGUGUGGAAUCGAGAGGAGGGCGUUGGACAAACAAAAAAUGGAAAGAUGACAGUAAAAAAAGUACUUGAACG